UUUCAGGAUCUUGUUUUCCUUUUCUUUGUUUGGUUCUCAAUAGUAUUAUUUAUUUUCUCCAGGAGAAGAAACUUAUGCAUAACAUCCGUCAAUACGAGGUUCCCUUGCAAAAGUACAUGGCCAUGAUGGACCUUCAGGAGAGGAAUGAAAGACUGUUUUAUAAACUUCUUAUCGACAAUGUUGAAGAAUUACUCCCGAUUGUAUAUACUCCGGUUGUUGGCGAGGCUUGCCAGAAAUAUGGGAGCAUAUUCAAGCGUCCUCAGGGUCUUUACAUUAGUUUGAAAGAAAAGGGUAAAAUUCUUGAGGUUUUGAAAAACUGGCCAGAAAGGAGUAUUCAGGUUAUUGUUGUAACUGACGGUGAACGGAUUUUGGGACUCGGAGAUCUCGGAUGCCAGGGUAUGGGAAUUCCUGUUGGUAAAUUGGCUUUGUACUCAACACUAGGAGGAGUUCGUCCUUCAGCAUGUUUGCCGAUUACGAUUGACGUGGGGACAAAUAAUGAGAAAUUACUGAAUGAUGAGUUUUACAUUGGCCUUAGACAAAAGAGGGCAACUGGGAAGGUUUGUAUUACAUAUAUAUGAGGCUACAUUUUACUUGUAUUUAUAUGAGGCUACAUUUUGUUGGCUUUGACCUCAACCUACCCGCACCUCUCACUGAAUUCUGGUCUCCGGUAGAAUUCACCGCUGGUGAUUCCAAGAAGAACAAAAUUAACGUCAAUCUCGCCGGAAACGGUGAACAAGAGGCGGAAAGUCCGUUACCGGUAACCGCCAAACGGCCUCGUUUGUUUUCGGACGAAGACAAUGACGAAACGGCGUAGCUUUAUUCACACACCGUAAAAUUAUUUUAUUUUAAAUUAAAUUGAAUUGAAUUUGUUGUUAUAUAGUGCAGUGAAUAUGAAUCGCACAUAUUCUAGCACGCACUAGCUAGUUUUCAAUUUCUUGUUUUUAUUUUCUUUUAAAUUAAAUUGGGUUGGGGAAUUUUGGAUUAGAUUUUGUUUUGUUCUUAAGUUUAAUCUUUAUCUGUACAGACAAAAUUUAUUCAUUGCUAUUGGAUUCGUCACUUUCAUACUCA